AUGUAUAGGCAAAUUCUGAUUGAUCCUGAAGAUAGAAAAUUUCAGUACAUUCUUUGGAGAAGUUCACCAUCUACCAAUAUUCGUACUUUCCAGCUCAACACAGUUACAUAUGGAACAGCUGCUGCACCGUACCUUGCCAUUCGUUGCCUAUUGUAUAUAGCGCAUCAAUAUGUGGAUCAAUUCAAGAUUGCAGCUGAAGUAAUCAAAUCUUCGUUUUAUGUUGAUGACUUAUUGCAUGGUGCAGAUUCUCUUUCUGAGUUACAUCAAAUAAGAUACGCAUUGGAAGAGCUUCUAAAACAGGGAGGUUUCGAAUUAGCUAAAUGGCACUCAAAUUAUCAAGCUUUUAGAGAUGACACUACUGUCAAAGAACUCAAUAUAGGUUCGGAUGUUAUUACCAGCACAUUGGGACUGAAAUGGGAUCAAGAUAAUGAUGUAUAUAUUCCUUCAUUUAAUGUUAAACUAAACUCUAUCAGUCGCAUCACAAAAAAAACUAUUUUAUCAAUUGCGUCGUCACUAUUCGACCCAUUAGGACUAUUAGCUCCAAUAACCAUAUCAACUAAAAUAUUAUUGCAAGAGCUAUGGCUGCUUAAAUUGGAUUGGGACGAAUCCAUUCCUCAAAAUUUACAUUCAGCAUGGGAAAGGCUUUGUCACGAUUUGUCAUCAUUGAACACCAUUACCAUUCCAAGGUACUGUCUAAAACCAAAACCAAAAACAAUUCAGCUCCAUGGGUUCUGCGAUGCAUCGAUUCGCGCAUAUGGUUGCAGCAUUUACAUUCACAUCACAGAUGAUUCCAACCUCAUAGAGUUUCAACUAUUCGUAGCCAAAUUUAGAGUAGCUCCGCUAAAAAAACAAUCGCUUCCAAAAUUAGAACUUUGUGGAGCACUGCUACUUGCAAGACUUUACAACAAAAUUAAAUCGCUCUUCGAAAAGUUUGAUACGGACGUCUAUCUAUGGUCUGAUUUCCAAAUCGUAUUACAUUGGCUCAAAAUGCAUUCGGCCACACUGUCUGCCUUCGUAGGCAAUAGAGUUUCUGAGAUUCAAGACCUCACCGCAGGUUCACAUUGGAGAUAUGUCCACACAAAUUGUAAUCCAGCAGACAUUGUGUCAAGAGGCAGCACUGUUAAGGAUCUCACUAAUUCUAUUUGGUUUAAAGGACCUUCAUUUCUUCGUCAAGAGAUGUAUAAGUGGCCUGCAAACAAGAACGACAACUUGGAUUUUGAAGAAGUCAAUAAGGAAAAACGAAAAGCAGCAUUCAAGGUAACUGUAUCAACCAAUUAUGUCAUAGAUAUUAUUGAUAAGUAUAGCUCACAUACAACGGCUGUUCGUGUACUGGCUUGGCUGUUUCGUUGGUAUCAUCAUUAUAAGAAGAAGUUCAACCGCAAUGUCUUUACAGAAGUCCUUACUCAUAAAAAAUUAGACCACGCCUUCCGAUGCAUCAUUUCAAAUAUACAUGCUCAGUACUUUGCUGAAGAUAUUUAUUUAUUGAAUCGAGGAUCUAUAACAAAAGGUUCAUUAAAAUAA